AUGGCAAACUCUACCUAUGCCCCGCCUAUCGACAUAUCCAGUUUCGCCGAAUUGGUAGAAGAAGAAAACCAAAAACACCCACAUAAGAUUGUGGAGUGCGCUUUUGCCCUUGAUAUAGGCGGUUCGCUUGCUAAGCUCGCCUACCAGCACACUUUUCGCUAUAAAGUCUGUGUACCCAAGGAACUCUCCGAUCCUGAUUCCAAGCGACGAACAAGUGUUUGUGGCCCGUUUGAAUUUUACGAUUAUCGAGAACAUGAAUACGAGGGACACAAAUUGUGCUUCGUCAAGUUCGAAACUCGUCUUAUUGAUUCUUGUUUGGAUUUCAUCCGAAGCACUGUACUACCCUCCUAUUCGGAUGUUGACCGGGAUACUAUAAGACUUGUUGGCCGUGUGACCGGUGGUGGAGCCUUCAAGUAUAUGUCAAACAUUUUGGAGACGUUGUCAGGAGUUGAAAUUGAGCGAGAGGACGAAAUGUCUUCCCUUGUCAGUGGCUGCACCUUCCUUUUAAGAAACAUUCCGGAUGAGGUCUUCAUCUAUGAUAAGAGGGCAAUGCCGGCCCAAAUAUUCCUUUCUUCCUGCAUGGUGAAUACCUAUCCCUUUCUACUCGUCAAUAUUGGUUCAGGUGUCAGUUUUCUUAAGGUUGAGGCAGAUGCUUCGUACCAUCGGGUUGGUGGAACCUCCCUUGGUGGCGGAACAUUUUGGGGCAUUGGAAGUCUUCUUGCUGGUGGUCAAAUGUCGUUUGACGAAUUGCUUGCCCUCGCUGAUAAGGGUGAUCAUCGACAAGUUGACAUGUUGGUCAAAGAUAUCUACGGUGGUGCUUAUGAAUCCCUUGGUCUGCCGGGUGACGUGAUCGCCAGUUCCUUCGGCCUCGCUGCGCGUCGUCCCAAUGAAACAAGGCGGCCUGCCGAUAUGGUCAAGGCAUUACUCGUGGCUGUCAGCAACAACAUCGGUCAACUGGCAUGCCUCUACGCCCAUCAAAAUGGAGUCCGCCGAAUCCUUUUUGGGGGAUUUUUUAUUCGUGGUCAUCGCCUCACAAUGGAGGUAAUUUCUUUUGCCGUAAAUUAUUGGUCCCAAGGUGAAAUGAAGGCCAUGUUCUUGCGUCACGAAGGUUAUUUGGGUGCUGUUGGUGCCUUUAUGAAGUCACGACAACAACAGGAGACGGGUCAUACAAAUGGAGAGGCAGGGGAGGGCGUGGGAAAGCACACGUCAAAGCGCUGGGCCGAGAGCUACGCAACCGCGCUCAUUUCUCGCGGUUCAAUUCCCGCUUUUUCUAAUGCGGAGGGGCUAGCCUUGUCCGAAUUUGAACUGGAACAUCUCGGCGACAUGUCACUUGAACCCUUUCCCUUGCUGCUCUCCUCUGCAGACUAUGUACCCGAUACAUGGGACCUAACGCAGGAUUAUAAAGCGCGCGUUUACUGGUUGGGGUGUUUCAAGCAAGGUGUGGAGCGGUUGAGGCGAAAGGCCGAGGAGAGUCAGGCCGAGUCCGAUCCGCACGGCUCCAAGCAGCGCGCCCGGCAAUUCGCGGAGCGGUACGUCCAAUUCCUCAGUGAACUUAGUGAUCGCCCAAGCGGUCGAGGUAUUCUCACAGUUCGGUGCAUCCUUGAGGCUCAGCAACACUUGCUGCGGGAAUUCGGCUUUCCAGAUGCUUUCUGUGUGCAAAAGCGGGUAUUCUCAUUAGUCUUAUGGCCAUACCGGCAUCACUUAGCUACUAGCCUUAAGGUUUCUUUUCUGAAGCAAUUAUUAGCCGGAAAUUCGAGUUCCGAGUUGACCAAAAGUUCUCUAACGGUAGGCCGCGCGACGCGUUCAUCCUGCGUGGGCGGUGGCGCUCGACGGACGGCGCGAGGUCUCAGGGCGGCCGUCGGGGCCGAGAAUUCAUGGGCUCUCUCCUGUUUCCCGAGCAUUAUGGAAAGACUUGGUGAGCUGAACUGGGAGGAGAGGCAGAUGGCUCUGGCUCAGGGUGUUCUCACCGGGAACAUCUUCGAUUGGGGCGCAUCGGAGGCCGUGCGGUUUUUCAUGCAAUCCCAAGACUCCGUCGAGGGAAUGGCCAGUUUUGAGAAGGCUCUUGCAAAACUUCAGUUUGUUUCCGACAGAAGCGCCAUAGUUUUCCCCAUUGAUCUCGCACUCGUGGCGAUUUGUUUGCAAACGCUAUCCAAACCAGAGUUGCAUGCCAUUGUCCGUCACGUGACCGUCAUGUGCCAAAACCGCUCGCCGGGAUGGCAAACCCGGCCGAAGGCGGGGUGGGGUUGCCCGCGGCGCGUCGCAGGGCGCGUGGCGUCUGGCCAGCCGCUCCCCCACCCCAGUCGCGACUUGCUUCGGCUUGCUGGCAGUAGCCGCGAUGCAAUUAAGGCUGCAGCUCCAGUUUCCGGGCUCCUCCGUUCUUUACUGGUUCUGACCUCCUCUGGCCAAACAAACAGCAGUGUUUGUGCCAACUUUUUCAUUGACCAUUCUUUUCGUCCCUUCAAGCCUCGUCCAUGGCUUGUGGACGACUUCGCCCGAUGGAUCGAGCGAAUACGACGUCCCGACGAUCGGCCCCACUGCGUCCUCGUAUUCUGCGAUAACAGCGGGGCCGACCUUAUUCUUGGUGUCCUUCCUUUUGUCGUCGAGUGCUUGGACUGGGGCAGUAAAGUCAUCCUCACAGCAAACUCUGUGCCCGCAAUUAAUGACGUCACGUAUCGCGAGCUGCUGUUCUUGCUGAAUGAAGCAGCCGGACUCGAGCCACGACUCCAGACUGCCUUAGCGAAUGGGAAACUUAUGUGCGUCGACAAUGGACAAAGCUCUCCUUGCCUUGACCUACGACAGACCUCGCACAAUCUUGUUCAUCUGGUCAAACAGGAAAAGGUUGAUUUGAUUGUUAUCGAAGGCAUGGGUCGAGCUGUCCACACAAACCUCUACGCGCGUUUCUGUGUUGACUGUCUCAAGGUCGCGGUGAUCAAGAACUCCUGGCUGGCUUGCCGGCUAGGCGGGGAUCUCUUCAGUGUCAUCUUUCGCUAUGAGGAGUACUCGAACGAGCGACUUCCAAUGGGUCUUUCUCCAGCUCCCACGGUCCCCAAUCAUCUUUUGGAUAGCUCUUCUUCGGAGAAUCCAAUGAAAAGUUGUGAUCCCGCCCCUCCCCCCUCAUCCUGUUAA